AACACUUGAAAAACAAUGACCGGAAAACGGGGUGGUGUUAUAUUGGCUCAUGUGCUCUCGAGCAUAUGUGAGAAAAUGAAUCGCAAAAAAUCGCUGCCAAAUGAUGGGGGUCGUUCUCAGGAUACCCUGAAACGAUGCCUAUCCACCUUGGAUAUUACCUUGCUGGGCAUUGGCCACAUGGUGGGUGCCGGAAUUUAUGUACUCACCGGCACUGUGGCCAAGGAUAUUGCGGGUCCGGGCAUCAUCUUCAGUUUCUUCCUGGCUGGCCUGGUUUCCAUAUUGGCUGCCAUAUGUUAUGCGGAAUUCGGCACCCGUGUCCCUAAGGCAGGGGCGGCCUAUGUCUACACCUAUAUAGCGGUGGGAGAAUUUUGGGCCUUCAUCAUUGGCUGGAACAUCUGUUUGGAACAUAUGUUGGGUGCCGCCUCGGUAUCGAGAGCCUGGAGUGGUUAUGUCGACAGUUUGCUGGGAGGUUGGAUUAAAAAUACCACCCUAUCGUUGAUUGGUGGAGAGGCCCACUAUGAUACGGAUUUAUUGGCCCAAUAUCCCGAUGUUUUGGCUUGCUUGAUAUGCCUCCUCUAUGCCUUGGCCAUGGCAUUGGGGGUAAAAAUUACGGCGGCCUUUAAUGGCAUUCUCACCUUGAUAAAUAUUGCGGUUAUGGUCCUGGUGAUAUGUGUGGGUUUUUGGUAUGCCGAUGUCCAGAAUUGGUUCCAGGCUGAUGGUGGAUUUUUACCCUAUGGAUUUGGUGGGGUGAUUGCAGGGGCGGCCACUUGUUUUUAUGCCUUUGUGGGUUUCGAUUCCAUUGCCACAUCGGCGGAGGAGGCUAAAAAUCCCGCCAGCUCAGUGCCCAUUGCAACUUUGGUGUCGUUGAGUGCGGUUUCGGCAGGUUACAUUCUCGUGAGUGCUGCCCUUACCCUGAUGAUACCCACAGAUGAAAUAAAUCCCUCGGCAUCCUUGCCGGAGGCCUUUGGCCAAUUGGGUUUACCCUGGGCGAAAAUAAUCAUCACCAUUGGAGCAUUGUGUGGCAUGACCACCACCCUAUUGGGUUCACUGUUCGCCCUGCCCCGCUGCCUUUAUGCCAUGGCUUGUGAUGGUUUGCUGUUCAGUUGUUUUGGUCGGGUUAAUUCAAUGACUCAGGUACCGGUAUUGAAUUUACUGGCCUCCGGGACAUUUAGUGCCCUACUCGCAUUGGUUUUUGAUCUGAAGCAUUUAGUGGAGUUCAUGUCGAUCGGCACCCUUUUGGCUUAUACCAUUGUGGCGGCCAGUGUUAUAGUUCUACGUUAUCGCCCCCUGAAAGCGGAAAGUUUAAUUUAUGCUCCCGACUCUUCGGAAAGUGAAAAUUUGGAUUAUGAGGCAGACAGUUUAUCGGAGGAUUCCAGUGUCGAUACCAUAUCCCAAACUGGAGAAUUAAUUGGCCAUUCCACAUCGGGGGUUUAUCUGAAGGCCAAAUAUAAAUGGCUAGAACCUUUGGUGGGUAACUUCGAAGCGGAACGUGUUGUGUCGACGUGUGUUAUGUUAUUUUGUAUUUUCACCUUUGGCAUUUGUUUUCAAUUGAAAAUGUAUUGGUCCGGAGAUUCGGAAAGUGCCGCUGAUUCUUCGUAUUGGACAUUUCUCUUUAAUGGUUUUAUUUUAUUUUUCGCCCUGGCAUGUGUGACACUGAUUGGGGCUUAUACUCAAAACACCCAAGGCUUGACAUUUAAGGUGCCAUUGGUUCCACUCUUUCCGGCCCUCAGUAUUUUCGCCAAUAUUGCCCUUAUGGUCCAUUUGAGUUUUGUAACCUGGCUGAGAUUCUUCAUAUGGGUUUCAUUGGGUAUGCUCAUGUAUUUUGGUUAUGGUAUACAUCACAGCCGGCAGCAGGAUGGUGGUGAGAAUACAAAUUAUUCCAUUUUGCGGACAGCAGGUGGUCGUCAGUCCCAGGAUAUUGAGGGGGAAGAAGAAGCUGAAAAUAAACAAAAGGGUGGUUCAACAUCAAUUGCAAUUUGUCAGAGAUUUAUUGGCCGAAAGAAAUCAAAGGGUGAACAACUGAAAUAG